AUGACGUCUCAUGAUGCUUCAAUGGAUGGUCUACCGAAUGAACUCUUCGUCCCUUCUUUAUCAUGUCGCUACCAGGGUCUGGUGGCCCAAAGCGACUCUCCUGUUAGUGAAAUUGAUCCGACGCUGUCUGAUCUGCGAUGUUUGUAUUCUUCUUUCAAGCCGUUCGAGCCAGAGAGUCGAAGUCCCAGAAGAGCUCGUAGACGGCCCGUAGAGGUACAACCUUCCGAGGACGCACAUGAUGAUACCGCUACACAAGAUAUUUUCCUUGAUGAUGGUGAGCUCUUCUCUCAGCUAUGUGCUAGCAUUCAUCUCGUGAAGGAGGGGCCUAGAAGUGGCUUAUUCAUAAGUCAUGUCACUAUCGUGGAUGGCGUCGUGCGUGUGUUUCGAAAAUGGCUUGCCGAAGCAGCAAGCAAACAGGAUCAGUCUCAAUCUGGCCCAGAGAGUAUUCUCUGGGUUGACAAGAAUAACGAUGUCGGGAUACGAUUCAGUGUUGUUCCUGCACCAUCCGAGAGAAUGCCUCUGAUCUCAGGGCCCGACGAUGAUCCGCCCGUUCUUUACAAACUGGUAUACCAAGAAUUACUCGUUCGAACGCAAAAUAUACUAAAGGCCCUGGAACUCUCCAAGGUGCAAGAGGUCGAGAGCUCAGGCAAGACCCUUGUGAUCCAUGUGGAUUCGAUGUAA